GUUGCGGUUCGACUGGAGAGCUAUAUUUAUUAAAUUCUAUGACACAAUUUGCAAAUUUUACGUGUCUACAUAUAUGGACACAUACUAAAUAAAAAGUACUACUAUACGUUUUUGAUAGCUGACAGUUUUUAUAUCGUUACUGAUCAGCUCAUUUGGACUCUGAUUGCACCAUAAUAUCUCUAAAAUUGUUUCAUUUACUUUUCUGGUAAGAUGUUCAAGUCUUUUUACCGAUAGAUUUUUAUGCGAAACUUCACGGACUAAUAUUAAUGGGACUUCUUUAUAUUAUCAUUGAUAUUGCUGACACUAAAAUUGAUGUCUGUAGCUAGUCAUUAUGGAUGUUAUGUAGGUUAUCCCUUCACAACAUGAAAUAUAUUUGGCAAAUAUGCUGUGUUUGCCUUAGUCUCGUAACUGCACUUUUCCGUAAUUCAGAGCUCGCUGGGAUUAAACUGUCACUGUGUUUUCUUGUUUUUUUAAUUGUUUUCAAGUAUUACUACCACUGAAUCUCCUUGGGGUACAUUGGUAGUUGGAUCAAUAAUACCAGUUGAUCAACCCCAAAUGAUUGAUUCUCCCACUGCGUGCCAAAUAAUUUUCUGGAUAAACAGAUAGCCAUUUGCUUGAAGGAUGGUCCAUAAUUGUUUUGUAACGUGCUUCAGUCUAUUGGUUUGAGUACUUGGAAACGGUAGACACAUCAUUCGCGUCAAUAAAAUUUCCACGAAACUGGAUAUUUAGUGGCAAGCUCAACCUUUUUCGUGGUCGCCAGCUAUACGACAUGUAAAAAACUAUUUAAACUCUGCCUUCAGAGUUAAAAGAUCUGCUUUUAGAAGAAUUAUGGCGUCUCAUGAUGAAAGUCGAGAGUCUUCGGAAGUCACGAUGCCGAUGACCCUUCUAACAACCAAAGCAACAACUUAUAUAGGUACAUGGAAUGUUCGGACAGUGUGAAAGACUGGAAGGACCAAUCAAAUAGCUAUUGGAAAUUAGAAUAUACAACUUGGCUGCUACCAGAAUUAGUCAAACUCAUUAGACCAAAGCUGAACAGAAAAAGAUAGAUUGUAGAGAGAUGCUGCCAUACUGUGGUCACGAAGACGAAAAUGCUCCACACACUCAGGAAGUUUCUUUCAUGCUGCACUAAGAAGCACAUAGAGCAGAGCGCUUAUAAGGUGGGAAUCUCAUGGAUCGAUGAUCAUCAAAGGAUCCUUCGAAAUAAAGAGGAAGGAAAUCACAAUGAAUGUUAUCGAAUGUUAUGCUCCAACCGAUGAUAACAAGGACGACAAUGAAGAUCAGUUUUAUGAGAGACUGCAAUUGAUCAUAGCGAAGUGCCCAGGAAUGGACUUGACUAUCCUGAUUGGAGAUCUAAACAUCAAAGUCUGAAUGGACAACGAUGGGUCUGAAAAUAUCAUGGGACGAAAUGGACAGGGGAGUGAGAGGAAGAUACAAUAAUUGCGACUGAUUUUGAAAUUAUUGUGCAUUCAACAAAAUUGUUGUAGGCGGCGCAAUAUUUUCACAAAAACUAUACACGAAGUUACAUGGAUCUCAACAUAUCACACUAUCGAGAAUCAGAUCUAUGAUAUUUACAUCACUAGAAAAUUCUAAAUGUCAAUGGAAGUUGUGAGGGUCAGGAGACGAGUUGAUAUAGCUUCAGAUCACCAUCUACUUUUCGGUUUUUAGGAUGAAACUGAAGCUAAGGGUACACUGGAAAACUGGAGAAGCAUUAUUACAAAGGUUCACCACAGCCUUCCUACGAGGUAUUGACAAACUUACCGAAUUCAAGAUAGCUUUCAACAGCAGAUUCCAAACCUUACAAGGUCUACUGAAAAAAGUAAGCACUAUGUAGGGCAACUGGAAAGGGGUCAGAAACCACCACGUCUAAUGCGUCAGGAGGUUCUGGGUUGCAACAUGCAUCGUCAUAAAGAAUGGAUCUCUAUGGACAGAAUUAAGAAAACGAAGAACAAGAAUACAGUAAUUAACAACAUUCGAACAAGGACGGAGAAAUUCAAGACAAGCUGAAUACACUGAGGCAAACAAGUAGGUGAAGAGGAGUAUUAGAACUGACAGGCAGAAAUACAUGGAAGACCUAACAGCGACAGUGUAAAAGCUGCAACAGAAAGGAAUAGCAGACAACUAUAUGAUUUAACGGAGAAACUAGUAGGGAAAUAUGGUAGACUAGAGAAACCAGUCAAGGAUAAAAAAGGCAAGCCAAUCAUCGAGAUUCAUGGGCAGAGGAACGGAUGGGUGGGAUACUUUGAAGAACUCUUGAAUAGACUAGCUUCAUUGAACCCACUGGACAUCGAAGCAGCACCUACAAACCUUCCUAUAGAUGUCACUACAUCAACUAUCUAAGAAAUCAGGAUGACCGGUCAUCGGACAAAUAAAGAUUGGGGAAGCAGCAGGAUUUGAUAACAUACCAGCUAAAACACUGGAGUCAGACAUAGGAGUGACUGCAAGCGUGCCCCAUGUUUUAUCGAACAAGAUUUUGAAGGAAGAACAAGUGUCGACAGACAGGAAAUCAGGAUACCUCAUCAAAAUACCAAGUAAAAGAGAUCUGAGCAAGUGUUAGAAUUACAGAGGCAUCACACUACUCUCAGUAUCACGAAUGGUUUUCAACGGAGUGUUACUGAACCGGAUGAAGUACUCAGUAGACGCACAACUUUGAGAUCGCCAGGCUAGAUUUCUUACGGAUCGGUCGUUCACAGACCAAAUCGCGACAUUACGGAUCACCAUUGAACAAUCAAUUGAAUGGCAAUCGUCACUAUACAUCGACUUCCUUAAUCAUGAGAACGCGUUUGACUGCGUGGAUAUGAUGAUCUUUUGGAAUCUUCAACACUAUGAACUGAGCAACUGAAAAGGUCGUCAACAUCAUUCGGAAUUCAUACGACGGAGUACACUACAAAUUUGCGCAUGAAAGAUAGCAGGCAUAUGCAUUCUAAGUGGGGAUCAGUGUCAGACAAGGCUGCUCACUCUCACUAUUUCUCUUUCUGCUAUGACGGGAUAAAAAAUCUCAAUUGGAUUCUUUUACUCAUUAUGAUUUUUGUUCAGUAUUACUCCCGUUUUUUCAGUGUGAUGAUUACUCAGUGUAGUAUUUGUUUUGUUUUCGACUGUGAUAUUUUAUUCUGUAUAACAUACGAUAUUCUUGUAUUAAAUUAACAUGGAUUAUACUCAGCAUGAUAUGUAGCAUGUGAUUUCUUAUAACUGUAAGUGUUUUUCAUAUAUGUGAUUUCAUCCUAAUUAUUAGUCGAAAUGUGUGUACAAUCAAUAUAUAAAUGAGUAUAUUUUUGACUACGGUCGUCGUCGCGUUAUGGAGUUAAUAAAUCUUCACUUGUACUUGUGUUCUUACUUUUGCGUCGUGGGAAUUGCAGUAGUUCCUUGAUUUUACAAGUAUAAGUAAUAAGUGAUCCAAACAUAAAAAUCAGUGACCAGAUAAUAACAAUUGAUGACGCAGUCAUAACAGUCGACCACUAGUCAUAACACUUUCUUCUGGUGGUUGAAUUGAUUUUGAAGACCUCCACAUCUAAGGGAAAGCUGGAUAUUACCAUCAUCAGCUUACUGUGAGAGAUAGUGAAUCGGCUUCUAUCUGUAGAGGAAAUUAGGGGAAGACGUUGGUGUUGGUUGGUGGGAAAUACAUUGUGGAAACCAACAAACUGCAUCAUGAGGCAAGCUCUAACUUGGAAUCCUGAAGGGGAUCGGAAAAGAGAAAUACCAAGGAACACAUUGCGUCGAGAAUUUGAAGCAGACAUGAAGAGAAUGAAUAGCAACUGGAAACAAGUGGAAAGGAUUUUCCAGGACAGAGGAUGGUUGUGGGCGGCCUAUGCCGUAACAAAUUAGUUGGUAUCGUACUGUAGACAAACAACAAAUCUCAUCUGGUAGUACACUUAAAGAUCCUGUUCGUCGUGGUCCCCAUGGUGUCAGCAAAUAUGCAGUUAGGUUUCUUCCUGGAAGACCCAACUAUGCACCUAAUAUGGCUGGUGUCGACGUAAACAAACUACGUACCUACCAACUGAUUGUUCGAUUUGUAGAUAUUAAUGAUGCAGAUACGCAAUUCAGGUGUGUUAUUGAAUUGAGAACUACGCCAGUUGAUCAGUGGCCUGUAGCAUAUGGGAAUAUUAUUGUGAAACGCGCUCCUGAAAUUCUCCCGGGGUUGACAUCUAAAAUUGUGACGGAAGGAGACUCUUUAACGUUAGUUUGCCGGGCACAAGGCUCGCCACCACCGAUGAUAAGUUGGACUAGAGCUAAUGGAAGGCCUCUGUCACUUCCAGGUUCACCACAAAGAAUUUAUAAUUCAACACUACAUAUUCCCCGCGUUGAUCGUUAUGAUCGUGGUGUUUAUCGAUGUUAUGCAGUUAACAACGUAGCUGGGUCGGCUGAAUAUGAUGUAAUGGUGGAAGUUAAUUAUGCACCACAUGUUCGUGAGGCUCGGUUCAAGGGAGCUUAUGGACAGGCACCAGAUGGAAAUUAUGACAUGACAUUGGAAUGCAUUGUCAAUGGAUAUCCUGAUCCUGAUUUAUUAUGGUAUACUGGAAUUUAUGAUCCGAUAACUAAUAAUAAACCCCUAUUUGAUAAUAAUCGUUAUGAACUUGAAAAAGCUCAAAGUUAUGGUUCAGCUGGAACAAAUGUAACUGAUGUUUUCUCAACUCUACUAAUUCGUAAUGUACGAGUUGGUGAUUAUGGAAAUUAUUCUUGUAGAGCGGAAAACAAAUAUGGAUCAAAUUUUGUUGUACUCAGUUUAUUUUAUCAAUCAAUCUGUCAAGGUGCUUACUGUCCAAUGCUUGGGGCUGUUUCCUUGGAAGCUCGAGUUAAUGAAGAUGGAACUUCAGUUAUCAACUAA